CUCGAUUGAGCCGACUGACUCCCGACGGGACCUUUGGGCGUAAUCAGUCGUGUGCAAUCGAGAGCCGGGUGUUAAAAAAAAAAAAAAAAAAGAAAGGAAGAGGUUCAAAACUUUUACCAAGGCGUUUUUCGCAUUCAAGAACAAAACGAAGAUUUGUAGGAGGGCUUUAUACUGAAUUUCCACAGAGUGUACAAAUAUGUGACCCGAGUCUUAACGACGUGGAGUCGAGUUUCGCCUCGCUAGAGAAAAGAUUUACUUAAGACAUGAGCAUCAAGCUACAGCACCUCGGGGUGUAAGAGGCGAUCACCAUGGCAACGCAGUUUAGUAUCGAUGAUGCCUUUGUGUUGGAGGGAGAUGAGGAGGGAGCUGUGUCAGACGGAGAGACAGAAGGGUGGAAGGGCAAAGACAAGGACAGAGAAGGAGGAGAGAUGACAUUUGGUCCUCUCACUUUCUCAAAACCUCAGACUCAUCCCUCACCCGCUGCUGCCGGCUCCGCUGAACACAGUAACCUGAAGUAUCAGAAUCUGGAAAAUGAAGACGCCUUGGGCAGCAACGGCAAUUCCUCUUUCAAUAACUUCUUCAAAAUCAGUGACCCGGCGACUCUGUCUUACUGCAGCUCCCAGUGGUCCUUCAGCACCUUGAGUUCUGUCACACAGCUUUCUGCACACUGCUGUGGGUGGGUGUCCCACCCGCUCGUGAAGAAAAACAGAAGAGUCGUUCUUGCUUCAUUCCUUCUCCUCAUCACUGGAGUUGCUCUUAUUUUCACGGGUGUUGUCAUACAGCUGAAUCCAAAUGCAGGGGUUUCAAGUGCUAUUUUUUUUGUUCCUGGAUUUCUUCUCUUCAUCCCUGGAGUGUACCAUGUGAUAUACAUCAGCUGCGCUGUUCGUGGAAGAAGAGGCUUCAAAUUGUUCUACCUACCUUAUUUUGAAAAGUGACAUUUUAAGAGACACAAGAUUUUCACUACAUUUCUUUAUCUUAAAAUUAACUGUAUUUGUCACUUGUUACAAAAAUAUUUUGUCACGUUUCACAUUGUCAUUGUAAUGACCACUACUAAUUUAAGCACUCGGUGCCAGGAGUGUGUUUCCACUACAUGAACUGACAUUGUCUGUGUAUACGAUAAAGAAGGAGAUUGGUCUUGCCUGUGAUUUCUAUCUUGUGUGAAUAAUGACUUUGAAAUUACAAUAAAAAUUUUGUAUAUUUUAA